CUGACCAUACUAGCUGCCAAGAGAUUCCUUUGUAAAGCAAUUUCAAUGACAGGGGGGCGACAGCUACAGUCCCAUUUCUGUGUGAACAUGAAUUUUAAAAUUUAGAAGAAUCAUUAGAAAAACUUGGCAGUCUUGUUAGAAAAACUGUGUGAGGUAUCUUCAAAAGUUAGUGCAGAAUUCCCUUUUUGUUGCCAUCUCCCCACCACAGACACACCCGGAAGACACCUGAGGGAUCUUUCCAACUUACAAACCGCCCACUAACCCACACACGAAAAAGAAAGGUUGUAAUAUCCCAACUACUGAUGUUGAUGUUUAUUUUAAUUAAUGCAUUUUUUACAUGCUAGAAAUGUACAUUCAGAAGUACUGUAAAACAUAUGGGGCUUUUGUUUAUAAUUUGAGUUGUGCCAUUUCCUAACAUAUUGACUGUCUUUACAUGUUUGAAAGAAUAAAUCAAAUCAAAAUCAAAUCAAACAUUGGUUUUACUGCUGCCAACCACUAUUGCAAUCCACUUAAAAAGGUCCAUGACACACUAUGUUUGAAAAGAUAAAACACAUUAAAUCAUCUAUGUAAAAUAUUAACUAAGGAUCAGCCCAAAUGCCUGGACACAUACUUAAUUAAAAUUGUACUUGUAUUCUUCCCAGCACUAAACCAUCAGUGGCUGUCACUAAAUCCCUGUGGCUCACUGUGGUCAGACCAGGACGGAGAAACAAGAAAACAUCUGGAUGUUUGUGACAUUUGAUUAACUUGCAGUUGAAAUCCUGUGUGUGCAGAUUUUCCAUUUCUUCAUACUGUGUGUAACAUUGAUCCUAUGUUAUCUAGUCUGUGUGAACAGUAAACAGAUAACACUAGUGCUUUUGCUGUUUCCUUUUUGCUAUUGGUGGUGGUGACGGAUCUCAUAGGAAUUUAGCAGUUUUUAAAAAAAGCAAAGCCCAGAUUGGAGCGGCUUCCAUUUUGGCUGCAAGACAGACUAAAGCACAACAGUGUAGGUACAUAAACAGUCAAAUAUGAGCAGGAAUUUGGAUUUGAGCAUGAAGACAUGCGGUGUUAACAUGCGGUGGAGGGUGUUCACAACAAUUACAAGACAACAAUGUCUUGUAAUUGUUGUGAACACUGGCACAAUUUGGACACAGCCAGGUGCAUUUGGGCUCAACUUGGAAGAGAAGCUGAAUAACAUUAUUAUUUGGAAGAAUGCAUCAUGAGCAAGUGGAGUUUGGGCUGGCUUUAGUAAAGACUAAUCAAACCAGCUUCUCUCAUCCUCUUUAAAAGCACAGUGGAAACCUGUCUUUGACUGGGAGAAGAGUGUGUGAUACCGGCUGUUUGUGUUCGAGCAUCAUCGCUUGUACUCACUUCACUGACCUUCAUCAGGAAGAAUGCAUCAAACUGAAGCACCCAACCAUAUACAUGCAAAACAAGGAAGUAACCCAGUAAAAAAAAGCUUCCAGUCAGAGGACGACAAACACACCUGGCCAAUGCACACAAUCAGGGUCAGUGAGCUCAUUGUCAUAGUACAUAAUCUGGAGCUCUUAUUGGAUUUAUCAUAUGAUAAAAUAUCAAAUUCUCACAAAGUUAAUAUUACCUAGGUCUAUCAUUUUCCUGCAAUUACAAUUAAAGGUGUUCUGAGCAGGUGUUACAUUAUCACAGUUUUGGGUCAAAAUGAGCUCCAAAGUCAUACUGUGCUAUCUAAUCAGCAUGAACAUGGCCUCAACUGUGUCUCAGUGUAAGUGUGCUCAUCCAUGGCAAGAAAAUACUAAACACAUCAGUGCCCAAAAAUAUUAGACUUGCACUAAAGAAAAAUGUAGUAAUCCUAUGUUUAAAGCUACAAACCCUGAGCUGCCAAGUUUGACAAGUAUUUACAUAGCUGGUGUGUUAGUUAAUACUGUAUCAGUGUACUUGUUAACACAAUCACUGUACAAACUCAAGCUUUCCUGCUAGAAGAAAGAUCAAACAUAAGUAAAAGUGUAAUGGCUAAGCAAACUAAAUAAAUCAGAUAUUCUUCUUUUAGUGUGACUGGUAAAGAGAUUUUGACAGUUAACACUGUUAACCCUGUGAGCUACAGAGGAUGUUUUCAAACCACAGCUGUAAAACCUUUCAGGCUUCUUUGUAUUUCAUCAUUUAAUGUAUGGUAUAUUGUGACACUAUAGACAUAAAAGUAAUCAUUUUCACUGCAGCAUGGUUGAUAAUGGCAGUAGAAAAUGUCCUGCAUUUUACCAUCUAGUUACUUUAUUUCUCCCACUAAUUAUUUUUGAGUUGCACUGGAACGAUAUCUACUGUACCUUUUAUUUCAUUUAUACAUAACAAUUAAACAUGCUCUCACACAUAGACAGCAUGUUAAACUGAUGUUUUAAACAGUAAUAAGGUUCUCCAAGCAGUUGGUGUUCUAGAACACUAGUCAACAAAGGACACGAGCCAACUGCAGGAGACACCAACUGAAAUUCACUACACAUUUUCUCAAACUCUCAACCAACACAAUCGACGUUUUGUCUAACAUUUUUUACAUUUUCUGGACUUUUUAACCAUCUACCAGAAAUAUAUUUGAGGUUAAACUCAAUACAUCCAAGUUACAUCGACUGUAACACUUGGCCAAUUCAAAGAUGUCUUCCACUGGACAUGCUGUACAGGAUCACCAAAUAAUCAAAGGAGAAAAGCUCACGUCCAGUUCCUCCACCUACCGGGUGAGGUCUUUCCUGGGGCAGGGCACCUUUGGCACUGUUGUCACGUGCACGAGGAUGGUCGACAUGAAGACAGUGGCCAUCAAAAUGAUAAAAAACCAGGGCUUUUAUGCUGAGGAUGCAAAAAACGAGGUGGCUACCCUGUUGAAACUGAAAUCACUGGACUCAGACAAAUGUAACUUGGUUCGCUGGUACCAAGUUUUUUCUGACAAAAACCAUAUUUGUCUGGAGUUUGAGCACCUAGACAAAAGUCUUUAUGACUUUAUGAAGGAAAGAUAUUUCCGACCUUUUCUUCUGAAGGAGAUCAGACCCAUUGUCCAGCAGAUUGCCAGUGCACUCGGCCACUUGAAGGCUGUUGAAAUAAUACAUGCAGACCUCAAGAUGAAAAAUGUGAUGUUGGUCAACCAUCAACAGGAGCCAUACAAAAUCAAAGUGAUUGACUUCGGCCUGGCCCAUCACGUGUCAGCAGCCAACAUAGGCUCAUAUAUUCAGACCCUUCCAUACAGGUCUCCUGAGGUUAUUUUGGGGCUUCCACUCACAGAGGCUCUAGAUAUGUGGUCUCUGGGGUGCAUAGCUGCAUUUAUGUACCUCGGCACUCUGCUCUACCCUGGCAGGCAUGAGUAUGAUAUGAUGAGGUACAUAGUGGACAUUCAGGGUCAGCCACCGGACCAUCUGCUCAACCUUGGACAUAAAACACACAUUUUCUUUGAGAGAGACUGCACCACGAGCUCAUGGAAACUAAAGACGCCAGCACGGGUCCACCGUGAGACGGGGAUCCAGCCAAUGGAGACCAGGAGGUUGAGGCUGAGCUCUCUGGAUGCCAUUCUGCGUCACAAGAGGAUAAUUCAUGAGGAUUAUGCAGACUCAGCUGCCGAAAUGAACGAUGUACUGCUGUUUGUGGACAUGCUCAAGGCAAUGCUGGAGCUUGAUGCUGCUAAACGAAUUACACCCUGUCAGGUGACACAGCAUCCCUUCAUUAGCAUGCGCCACUUGAAAAGCUUGUACCCCCUCAGCAACCAUGUUAGGUCCUGCUUUGAGAUGAUGGUUGUCUGUUGGAACAAAGCCCCAACACCAGACAAAGGGAAGGCUGCGUGUGGGUUGCUGCAAGAAGGAUCAAGGUUCAAGCCUCAGAACCUUCCUUCUCAUCCUCCUGCUGAGGUCCAGCCCCACUGCAGCAACCCACAUCCCUGCACCAGUAGCCAAACCACAUUUUCAAAUGAAUCAGGGAUGAAGAGGAAGGUCGAUCAUGAAGAUCUGACAGAAAAUGAUCAUCCAUCCAAAAGGGUCAAGCACAGCCAGGAUCCUACUAAUCUGAGCCACCCAGUCCCCAUCAAUGCUCACCCUUCCAAAGACAGUCAGACCCAAAAGUGGAUCAGGUCUGAGGUUAAGAUGGCUUCUGCUGAAGGUGUGAGGAGCAGGUGCGUAACCUUUGACCACUAUCGAAGGUUAUAUUAUGAAAGAAUGAGAGUCGGAAACAGCUCUGCAGGUCCAUCCACAUCAGGCAGCAGCACCCAGACCCAGACUUGCACCUCGCCACAGACAAGUCAGUCGGGACUGAAGAGAAAGGCAGCUGAUGUUGAAGAUGUGCAGCCUAGAAAAAAACCCUCUGUACAACAAGCAGCAUCAUUAGCACAGAGCCUGUCACCAUAACUGUACUGUUUGCUGGUAUCCCUGACUCCAGAGAGCUACGAGUCAGGGAUAUAAUGUUACAAUGUUACAAUAAACACUUAAUUGAUCAUUAAGAAGUUGCAGAUAAUUUGUUUUGUCAAUCAAC